CCGGCGCGUGGGGGCGCUGCGCCUCGCACUUCCUCAUUGCAGCCUCCCGCGGGGAGCCCAGCGCCCCGCGCUCCUUCCCGCAGCGCUAGCAGCACCGCCGGGUGGGGCGGCCGAAGCCGCAGCCAUGUCCAAGCCGCCGCCGAAACCGGCUAAGCCAGGACAAGUUAAAGUGUUCAGGGCCCUUUAUACAUUUGAACCCAGAACACCAGAUGAACUAUAUUUUGAAGAAGGUGAUAUUAUCUACAUCUCAGACAUGAGUGACACAAAUUGGUGGAAAGGAACCUGCAAAGGCAGGACUGGACUAAUUCCAAGCAACUAUGUGGCUGAGCAAGCUGAGUCCAUUGAUAACCCAUUGCAUGAAGCUGCCAAAAGAGGCAACUUGAGCUGGUUGAGGGAGUGCUUGGAUAACAGAGUUGGGGUUAAUGGCUUAGACAAGGCUGGAAACACAGCCCUGUACUGGGCUUGUCAUGGUGGGCACAAAGAUAUCGUGGAAGUCUUAUUUACCCAACCAAAUAUAGAACUGAACCAACAGAACAAAUUGGGAGACACAGCUCUACAUGCUGCUGCUUGGAAAGGUUAUGCAGAUAUUGUAGAGAUGCUACUGGCAAAGGGAGCAAGAACAGAUAUAAGAAACAAUGAGAAGAAACUGGCUCUGGAUAUGGCUACUAAUGCUGCAAGUGCUUCCCUGCUUAAAAAGAAACAAGUUCCAGAUAUAAAGCGCACAUUAAGUAACGCAGAGGAAUACCUCGAUGAUGAAGACUCUGAUUAGCUUCCUUCGUUAUGUCUUAAGAACUAUAACCUAUGUUGCCUACAUCAUUCCCAAAUCAUAUCUAUGCAACUGUAAGAAGUACCUUGUAACAAAGUCUUGCAAUCUCGCAGUAUGACAGGUAAACAAAGGGUGAAAUAAAUUCUUUCCACAGGAAGAACCCACAGGAAAAAAUGCCAAGCUUUUUAUCAAAGUUUCCUUGGAAUCAUUUCGCUGGGGUCCCUUCUCCUGUCCUGCUGAACCCACAGAUAUUCCAGUCUACAGGAUUUUCCUGCAGACACCCAGUUCCUCUUGAAUAAACUCCUCAAAGGGUCUCCUACCAACAUGGCACAGUUCCUAGAAGUGCCCCUUAAGCUGGGUUCCUGUGUGCAGAUAGGAAGCCCAAUUUAAAAGCAAGCACCAGCAAGAGUCAGUGUUAUUUGACAAAAAGAAAAUCUUUCAGGUACGAGAUAAAAUAUUGAUGCAGUGAAUAUGUCCAUCUUCUACCUUUGUGGAUCUGAAAGAGACAAUGUAGGGGUUCUGUAUUUCCAUUUUGUGGGACUGGAAUAACAUGGGAAUAUCUGUUUCUGAAUAAUUUCUCUGUUUACUGCUAUGGGCCCAAUCCUGAAAUCUUUACUCAGGCAAAACUCCCUCUGAAGUCAGAAUUUUGCAUGAGGAACGAACUCCACUUUGGACUCAGUAACUUGAUUAUUUUGCUGUUUGAGGUGCAUUUGUGUUGAAAAUCAUUAGCGUUGAGGUGAAGAGCGAAUAUUUUUCUAUUUAUCUUGCCUAAAAAUUUUACUGAUCUUUUGCUUUUGUUUUGUUGUUUGUUUUUAAAUGUUCUUGUAUUUUUUUUCUAAAUCACUUUACUUUUACCUCAAAGUGUUUUGAAAGAAUGAGGGAAGAUUUAUAUUAAACCAAAAAUACCUUUAGAAAAAAUGCCUAAUCUGAAUAAACACUU